UCCAAUGGUUGAAAGAUCCCCUAAACCCAAUUACCGAUCUCUCUUUGUUGAGAUUCUGCAGGAACAAAUUCGCAUUGUUUACUGAGAAAGUGAGAGGAAACUUGAGGACGUUGUUCAAAACACUAGUGCAGAGUCUGCAGGCCUAAGGCAGAAGAAAAAAAAGAUCUAUAUUUUUUUUAUAUUUUAUUUGCGUUACCAUUAUAUUUUUUUUUAGCUUCCAGACUUGUCCUCUUCUUGCUUUACAAUUUCUUUCCUUGCCUGCCCCUCUCCCCACUAACUCUCUCUCUCUCUCUCUCUCUCUGUGUCUCUAACGUGAGAGAGACCUAAAGCAGAAACCCCGGUGUUAUUAGCUCGUUCUGGGUCACAAAUGGCGAGCUGGGUCUUAUCAGAAUGCGGCCUAAAGCCUCUUCCUCAAGUUUUGCCUAGACCCAGAGCCGGACCCAUCUCGUACAAGCCCUCAAAGAUUAGAUUUUUGCACUCCAACGAACCCGGGACAGAUCUCAAAUUUCACUCAAAAAGGAUUUCAAGUGGGUGUUUGAGAGAGAGAAAAUGGGGGCUAAAAGUGAGUGCUCCACUGAGGGUUGCUUCUGUUGAAGGAGAGGAGGAGCGGGGAGAGAGAAUCAAUGGCGUUAAUGGGUUCAAAGAAGAAGAAACGGGGUUCGACCCAGGGGCGCCGCCGCCGUUCAGUUUGGCUGACAUUCGAGCCGCCAUUCCGAAACAUUGUUGGGUUAAGGACCCGUGGAAGUCCAUGAGCUAUGUGGUGAGGGAUGUUGUGGUGGUUUUUGGGUUGGCUGCAGCCACGGUUUAUCUCAACAAGUGGUUCGUUUGGCCUCUGUAUUGGGCUGCUCAGGGGACCAUGUUCUGGGCUUUCUUUGUUCUUGGCCAUGAUUGUGGCCAUGGAAGCUUUUCAAAUAAUCAUAAGUUAAACAGUGUGGUGGGGCAUCUUCUGCAUUCUUCAAUCCUUGUACCCUAUCAUGGAUGGAGAAUUAGCCAUAGGACUCAUCAUCAAAACCAUGGGCAUGUUGAGAAUGAUGAAUCAUGGCACCCGUUGUCUGAAAGAAUUUACAAGAAUUUGGACAACCUUACAAAGGCUUUUCGAUUUUCUGCGCCUUUUCCACUGUUUGCUUAUCCUUUCUACCUGUGGGGAAGAAGUCCUGGGAAGACCGGUUCCCAUUAUGACCCAAACAGCGACUUGUUUGUCCCCAAAGAAAGGAAAGACGUGAUCACUUCCACUGUAUGUUGGACGGCAAUGGUUGCUCUGCUUGUGGGGUUAUCCUUUGUAAUGGGUCCUGUUCAAGUGCUUAAACUCUACGGCGUUCCAUAUUGGGUUUUUGUUAUGUGGCUGGACUUGGUCACUUACCUGCAUCACCAUGGUCAUGAAGACAAAUUACCAUGGUAUCGUGGAAAGGAAUGGAGUUAUCUGAGAGGAGGGCUUACAACGAUUGAUCGGGACUACGGAUUGAUUAACAAUAUUCACCAUGAUAUCGGAACUCAUGUCAUACAUCAUCUUUUUCCUCAAAUACCACACUACCACUUAAUUGAAGCGACUGAGGCAGCCAGGCCUGUUCUUGGGAAAUAUUACCGGGAGCCAAAGAAAUCAGGGCCUCUGCCAUUUCACGUAAUUGGAAACUUGAUAAGAAGCUGGAAACAGGACCACUAUGUUCCUGACACUGGGGAUGUUGUAUACUACCAAACUGACCCUAAGCUUAGUGGCUCAUCUAAGUUGAAGUAAAAAGUUUCAAAUGCAUUCAUUCAUCACAACAAAGAAAGGUUCUCGAGCUAUUUUACCAAGGGAGAACUAAUUACUGACAAAUAUGAUUGUAGCUGCUUCUUGUAGCUCAUAAGCCAAAUAUAUGCAUGUGGCAAAUUGGCAAUGUCAACAAUAUAUAGUGCUGUAAUAGGGAAAGAAAGGAUGUGUAUCUAUUCUUCUUGGAGGGAAAAUAUUAUUGUCGGCAGAUAUUUAAUGUACCAUUUGAAUUUUAAGAAGUGAUGGAAAUUAUGGGGAAAAAUUAAAGAAAAUGAAUUUCUUUCAAAAUAA